AUUUCAAAAAUAAAUUCUAUUUCUCUCAGCAGAACGGAAAGGGCCUUCAAGCCCAGUAAACGGAGAAUGGGCCGUUUUAGUGGACCCUGAGCCCAUCAGGCUUUUGUUCCACUCUCCAUUUCUUUUGAACUUCCCGCCUUCUUCUUACAGUAAAACAACACACAUGUCGAUGUCGCUCCUUUUUUCCCAGCUAAUAAAUCCCGAAGAAGCCCUAAUCUGCGCAGAAAAUCCACACACCGCCUGAGAAUGUCGACGUGGCAGAUCUUCUCCGACGCCGACAGCAACUUCCGGUGGGAGAUCUCUGAUCAACAGCUCCACAUCAAACUGCAACAACAAGAAGAUGCCGCUCCGAUCUCACCUCCUAACUCCACUCCUCUUCUCCCUUCCAUGGCCGAUCUCUUGCUUCAAGGAUGUUCUGAGCUAAUAGAGAAUGGCGAAGGAAAUCUCGAGAGCCCUCCGAUGUUCCGAAGUGGAUUGGGAAAAUCGGUUUCGGUGAAGCAAUCUUCCAUAACGAAAGCAUUAUCUAUUCUCGGCGACAAAGGGGAUGCCUUUGCCGAUACAGGCCAAUUCUGUGACGGGAAUGAUUUCGGAUGCAGCUUCUCUAAUUCAAUGUUCCAGACAGGUUCAGGGAAAAAGGUUAACAUAUCUUCCACUGGUCUUGUUAGAGCAAAGACACUAUUGGGGUUGGAAGAAAGUUACGAUCACGAUACUCCUCCAGGCCUUGAACAUUCAAAUAAUCAGUCAGCCUCUGAGGAACCCUUUGGAUGGCGAACAUCAUCUCAACAACAGACAAGACAGGGAGUUACCACCCCAUGUCAUAAGAAUGCUACUGCAGCUCCAAUGACUAUACUAAAUUUUAAGACUAGUUCAUUAGGAAGUGAUUCGAAAAGAGAAGCUAUUCCAGAUCUUAUACGUUCUGAUCCCAAGUGCCCUCCAAUAAAGUUUCAUACUGCUGGUGGAAGAUCCAUCUCAGUUUCAGGUGAUGCAUUGCAGCGUGCAAAGAGCCUUCUCGGUGACCUGGAACUAGGAACAUUGUUUGACGAAGGGAAUGUGAAUAGUCCAUCUUUCUCAUUUUUUAAAGAAGGAAGUUUGGACGAGAACAAUUCUAACAAAGAGAACUACCCGUUAUCUAAUCACAAUCAAGAAAUAGCAAAGAGCAGACAUGUAUCGAAGGGUUUUGUGUCCCCUCUGCGACCAGGGUCUAACCUAAUGCAAUCAUCACUCGUGUCCCAGAAUGUAACUUUAGGGAUUAACUUGAUCAAGAAAUUUGAUGCAGAGGAGUUUGGCAGUACUUGUAAGAUGUCUGAUAAUACAAAUUGUCAUCAAAAGCCUCCAAGUGGUAGGCCUUCUUCUCAUGCAGAAGGGGGCAAUUCUUUGGUGAAUGGCGUCACUUCAAGAACUAAUCCACGAGGAAGUUCAUUGGGCCGGCCACUGGCUGAUAUUUCAAAUAACAUUGGAAUGGCUGAUAUUGACAGUAAACUUACUACUGGUGAAAAGAGGAGAAUUGCAAGGAGUUCUAUCUCUCCAUUCAAGAGACCCCGCAAUUCAAGAUUCAUUACCCCCCUGAAUAACCUAGUGUCUGCUUCUAGCGGCAUGUCCACUUUAGCACCUGAAGAAUCCAAUUGCAGAAGACGGGUUUCCACUCGAUAUCCUUUUCAGGUUCCACGAAUGUAUAUCAAGGAAUACUUUGGAGUACCCCCAUUCCAACUUAAUACAUUGAAGCAAUCACCAUGCCAUAUAAGAAGAAUGAAUCCUGAAAAUGCAGAAAAGUACAUGUUCCGCGAUCGAUCUGGUGUGGAGUGCAUUGGAUCUGAAGCUUUCUACCACAUGUUGGCUCAGUUCGGAGCUUCAGUGCAAUAUGUUUCUAAAGAGUGGGUUGUGAAUCACUACAAGUGGAUCAUUUGGAAGCUAGCAUGCUAUGAGAGAUGUUAUCCCGCCAAAUCAUUAGGGAAAUUAUGUACAAUUUUUAAUGUGCUUGAAGAGUUAAAAUAUAGGUAUGAGAGAGAAGUAAAUCAUGGUCACCGAUCUGCUAUUAAGAGAAUUCUAGAAGGAGAUCAACCACCCUCUUCAAUGUUGGUACUAUGCAUAUCAUCUAUUCAUUCCAACUGUGAUCUGCCAGCAGAAACUCUGCCUUUGGCAUCAAAUGGUGCUGAAGAUGGUACAACAACAAAACUAGAAUUAACUGACGGAUGGUACUCAAUCAAUGCUCUAUUAGAUGCAUAUCUAUUGAAGAAGCUGGCCACUGGGAAACUGUUUGUGGGGCAGAAACUUAGGAUCUGGGGUGCUGAAUUGUGUGGCUGGGUAGGGCCUGUUUCACCUCUCCAGGCAUCAAGCACAGUUAAUCUUCUGCUGCACAUAAAUGGGACGUAUAGAGCUCAUUGGGCUGACCGAUUAGGGUUAUGCAAGGGUGGUGGUGUUCCAUUAGCAUUUAGAUGCAUCAAGGGUAUGGGAGGUCCAGUGCCUAGUACAUUAGUUGGAGUCACACGGAUAUACCCUGUUCUCUACAGGGAAAGGUUAAGUGAUGGGGGAUUUAUUGUUAGAUCAGAGAGGUUGGAAGCUAAAAUGAUACACUUACAUAACCAAAGGCGCUCUGUCAUUGCAGAGGGCAUUAUUUCAGAGUUUCAAAGGGGAAUCGAAGAAGGCCAUACUAAUAAUGACAAUGAUAGUGAAGAAGGUGCAAAAAUUCUGAAGUUAUUAGAGACUUCCGCUGAGCCUGAAAUGUUAAUGGCAGAGAUGACUUCAGAGCAACUGACUUCUUUUUCUACUUAUCAAGCAAAACAAGAGGCAAUUAGGCAAACAGACAUCCAAAAAUCAAUUGAAAAGACUCUUGAAGAGGCUGGUCUAAGCGAAAGAGAUGUCACCCCAUUUAUGAGGGUGAGAGUCUCGGGGCUAACUUGUGAAAAUCGAGUUAGCCCAAGGAUAGGCUUAAUAACCAUCUGGAACCCAACCGAGAAGCAGAAAUUGGAACUGGUUGAGGGGAAAGCUUAUGCUGUUGCAGGGCUUAUCCCAUCAAGAUCCGAGUCUGAUACCCUUUACUUGCAUGCAAGAGGAUGUACUACCAAAUGGGUGCCUUUAUCUGUCUCAGCAACUGAGGAUUUCGAGUUGUUCUUCAGUCCCCGCAAAUCAGUCGUUCUGUCAAAUUUGGGUGAUGUUCCUCUCUCUAGUGAAUUUGAUAUUGCUGCAUUGGUUGUAAGCGUGGGAGAGGUAUGUUCAGAUACUCAUCAAAAGAAGCAGUGGGUGUUUGUGACGGAUGGAUCAGUAUCAGAGUCCGAGUUAGAACAGACAUCAAGUUCCUUGCUUGCCAUCAGCUUCUCUUUACCAUACAAUGAUUGCAAUUCAUUUGCACCAAUCAACCACAACCUUGUUGGAUCAGUGGUUGGCUUCUAUAACCUCAUUAAAAGAGCCAAUGACCAAAUCAAUCACCUCUGGGUGGCAGAUACAACAGAAAAUUCCACCUAUUCUUUAAGUUAUGAUCAUGUGCAUUAUUCUCACUUGAAGAAAGCUGCUGCUUCAGCUGAGAGAUGGGCAAAGAUCUCUGGUUCGACAAUUGAGAAGCUUAGACAGAAGGUCUUAUCUAUUAUUGGCAACGAUGAAGGUUAAAUGUUGAAGGAGCUUAUCACGCUGACAUGUGGUGAUUUGCACACAAGGCACUAGCUUGGCAACUUAGUUGUCCAAUAUGAUGCAGAGUAGCUUCAUCAUUCAUCCAUGGGUAUAAAAGCAGUUCCUUGUCAACAGUUUCUGCCCCUCAUUUUAGGACUUGAACUGCAAUAUAGUUGACAUUCUUGGCAGGUCUUGCUCUAGAACCAUUUUUGGAAGAGUAAUGCUAUUAGAACAACCAUGGGUGCAACAAUGGGCACAACAUGCUCACAUGAGUCACAUGACACAGUUUUAUUGACAUUUGAGGAAGAUGCUAUUGUACAACCACCAAAAUGUUACAUCAACAUAUCAGAUUGUUUUGUAAAUAUGUUCUGUUACAUCAACAUAUCGUACAUUUUUUUGUUUCCAGCUUUUUUUUACAAAAUUUUUCUUUGGGUGGACAGGGGCCAACCUAAAUUAAUCAAUGUCUGGCCCAUAGGUUUGCCUCCCAACUCACCUCAAAGUUAAUCUCAGCAGUUGUAUAGACAUGGAGGAUCUAGGAUUUUGUACAUGAUUUUGACUCUGUUCAUAAAUGGCAUGUUGAAUUACAGAA